GCUCGUUCGCAUCCCACACAUCACUACUGGGAGAAAGAUGGCGGCGGGCUCCGAUUUGCUGGAUGAUGUUUUCUUCAACACAGAGGUGGACGAAAAAGUAGUUAGUGAUCUCGUCGGAUCUCUGGAGUCUGAACUAACAGGAGCAGGGCACGUCAACACACCCACCAGCAGGGUCCAGACGUCUGCACUAAACCACGUCGGCGGUAACUCAGCUGUAGGGAGUAUUUCCAAUGUCCAGGGCAGCAACAUGGGACUUUCACAACAAGAGCUCGCGAAAGCAGGAACAGGAGGUGUCAUUAACAGUACGGGGUCCAACAAGCAUUCAAGUAUGGAUGGAGGAGCAGCCGGGACCACGUCGAGCAUCACAGCCGCUCAGAGUGCGUCGAAGCCGGGCACAGCUAGUGGAGUCGUCGCGGUGGUGUCAGAUGCAGCAGCUGUAUCUGGUGGUGGUGGUGUUGUUGUUGUUGGGAAAACUGGAGGUGGUGGUGUUCAAACUUUGAAUGGAAGUGCCGUGUUGAUGAACUGUCACAUCACAGCAGCAGGAGGCAGCAGCAUUAACUCUCAGCCGGCUGCUGUCACGGUUGUCAACAACAACAACAACAACAACGGACCUGUUUCUGUGAGCAAAGGAGGCGCAACGGUUUUGUCUGCAGCAACAACAACAACAACACCAGCAAGUACUAUCAUAAGAACUCCUUCUUCAAGUGCUGUGAUUUCAUCUCAGCCCUCUGUGUGUAAAAGUGUGCCCACUGUCACGCUGGUGAGGCCACCUAUGCAAACUCCCACCAACACCAACACCAUCACAUCUCAUGCAACCACAGUGUUAACAUCACCAGUCAGUGUCACCUGCACGGCCGGCUCUAAAACCAUCAUGCAGACAACAACAGCGACUCUGAGGAACCCUCAGACUGUUUUGCAAAACGUGAGGACUUCAGUGCCAUCGUCAACAAUAGCUGCUGCCACUUCUCCAGGUGGAAUACGAGCUAUUGCUCCACAGGUGUUGGCCCCAAGACUCACCCAGCAGCCUCAACAAAACGCCCCAAAUAUCCAAAACAUCCAACUCCCCCCAGGCAUGGUCUUGGUUCGCAGUGAGAGCGGGCAGCUUCUGGUGAUUCACCAGCAGACCUUGGCUCAGAUGCAGGCUCAGUCGCAGUCCCAAAGCGCCAUGACACCACGACCUGCAGCCCCCACCAGCACUCCACCUGUCCAGAUCACCUCUCUACAGGCUCCAGGCGCAUCACUGCUGGCUCGCCCGGUUACCCCCACCACCAUUAUUAAACAAGGUUCCACGGUCCAGACCACUGUGACGGCCACCACCACACUGCAGAGACCUCCUGUGCUGCAGAACACCAUCAUGCUGGGAGGAACUGCCUCCACCCCGGGACAGCCGCUGGGGACGCCCACCACGGUGCAGCCUGGUUCUGCAGCCACAGCAGUAACACAGAGGUUAACUGGGACCCCUGUCGCUCCAACAGCUAUCUCAGCUGAGACACUGGAGAAUGUAAAAAAGUGUAGAAACUUUCUGUCCACGUUGAUCAAGCUGGCAUCCAGUGGGAAACAGUCCUCGGAGACUACGGCCAACGUCAAGGAGCUGGUCAAGAGUUUGCUGGAAGCGAAGAUCGAGCCAGAAGAUUUCACCAGUAGGUUAUACCGGGAGCUCAACUCCUCACCACAGCCGUACCUUGUGCCUUUCCUGAAGAGAAGUCUCCCAGCCCUGCGUCAGAUGACCCCAGACUCCGAGCUCUUCAUCCAGCAGAGCCUGCUGCCUCUGCCCAGCACUCAGCCUGCUGCGGCAGUCUCCACAGCACUCACCGCCGUGGUGCUGCGACCUCCUCUCUCCACGGUCCCCACUACGGCCACCAGCACUGCCGCAACCAAAACCACAGUUAUCAGCCUCACUCAGACACAUCACUGUAAACCUGGACUGAUAGUGCCCCAGCAACAGGGGACGACGGUGAGGCCACAGGUGACGCUGGCUCAGUCUCCCAUGGUAACGCUCAGAGGACAAUCUCACAGCCGCAUCAUUGUGGGUCAGCAGCAGGUGGUCAAACAGCUGCAGACAGCAGUGAAGCAGACGUUGGCUCCUGCGGCCAAAGGAGUGCAACUGGUCAGUCAGGCCUCUCUCACUGCUGCUCAGAAGAACAAGCUGAGAGAAGCAGGAGGGGGAACCUUCAGGGAUGAUGAUGAUAUCAAUGAUGUGGCCUCCAUGGCAGGAGUCAACUUGUCGGAGGAGAGCGCCCGUAUCUUAGCAACCAACUCCGAGCUUGUUGGCAAGGUGACUCGUUCCUGUAAGGAUGAGACCUUCCUCGCCACCUCUUUGCUCACCCGGAGAGCUCUGGAGAUUGGUAAGAAGUUUGGUGUCAGCGAGUUGGGCACGGAUGUGAUCAACUACAUUUCCCACGCUACACAGCAGCGACUACAAAACCUGCUGGAAAAGGUGUCGCUAGUGGCACAGCACAAAAACAUAACCUUUAAGGAGGAUGAGCGGUGUGAGCAGGUCGGCGACGUGCGAGCCCAGCUUAAAUUCUUCGAGCAGCUGGAUCAGAUGGAGAAGCAAAGGAAGGAAGAGCAGGAGAGAGAGAUUCUCUUGAAGGCUGCCAAGUCUCGGUCACGGCAAGAGGACCCUGAGCAGCUCAGACUGAAACAGAAGGCCAAAGAGAUGCAGCAGCAGGAGCUGGCUCAGAUCAGACAGAGAGAAGCCAACCUAACGGCGCUGGCAGCAAUCGGCCCGAGGAAAAAGCGGAAAAUGGACUCUCCUGUUAGGGGCUCCAGUGCGGAGGGCUCAGGGUCGGGCCCCUCUCAGCCUGGAGGCUCCGGUGGAGCAGGCUCCAGACAGUUUAUGCGACAGCGCAUCACCAGAGUCAACCUCAGGGACCUGCUCUUCUGCCUGGAGAAUGAAAGGGGGACCAGUCACUCACACCUGCUCUAUAAAGGCUUCCUCAAAUAGCACCCGCAUUAAAAUGACUAGUCUCGCUCAGUGGCAUUAAGGGAAGCAGAGUUGACUGUCAGCUCAGACCCUUUCUGCCGGUACUUCCUUUGAUCACCCGCUGCUGAAUGAUGAGACGUCCGUCUGUGGGAAGAGAAUUAUCUGGAACACUGAAGAGACGUCUUCUUUUAAAAGCCUCUUCAAGCACAGGUCUUUUGUAUUUUCAGAGGAGCAAAUAAUCCGAACUCGGCCCUGAUUUCAGCGUGCCUCUCGGCUCGAUUUGCUCUUUAGAGACCAGUUGCACCCAACCACGCUUCGGUCAUGCACUGCCUCAUGCUGCACACAAGAAAAAAAACGUCUUUAACUGAACCGAGCACUUCAGACCCGAAGACCCCGUCGGUGUCGUUUUGCACUGACAUCCGUGUUGUAGCAGCAAAUCUCUGUGAAGUGGUUCCAUUUUAGAUUAACGUGCAACAAAGCCUGAUUUGACAAAACCGCAGUAAUGUGCUCUUGAUCAUGUGAACGUACACACUCUGUUUAUUUAAGUUCUUAACAGAGAUUUUAAUUUAUCACACAUUUAUACUAUAUUUUAGCACAGCUUUAAUGCCUGUGGAUUGUUUUUUCAGAGACUAAUCUUGACUAGCCUUGUCAUCUGCUGAGUUGCCUUCUUAACAAAUUAAGCCAUAUGGAUUUAGAAUGUGUUGAUCAGCUUCAGUAACUUCAUCUAGCCAAAAGCUCUCUCCAGAUUUGUAGGAUGUGUGCUUUAAUGUUUUGUUGUGCGCUUUCUUUCUUUGUCUCGAUUGGAUACAGAAAUGAUUGUUUAUAUGUCAUGUGUUGUGCAUGAUGUAAUCACAGCAUUUGAACUCUCGGCUCCCGACACAAUGGUUGAAAGUUUCCCGCCUUUUUUUCAGAUUCUAGCACAUUUUACUACAGAGACUACAUAUACUUUACAUUCCUAUCGAUCAUUUGUGAAGCACACCGUACUGUUCCCACCUCCCCCUACAGUCAGCAGCUUUCAAUCAUUUUCCUUAGAUAUAUAACCUUCUAUCACAGUGAACAUCCUCUCCAAAGUAAUUGA